AGAGGCAGAGGAGGUAAUAAGAAAUGGCUGCCCUCGUAGGUCUCUCCGGUCGUUUCGGACAAAUUGCUCGGUGCCAGCUCAAGGCUCCGGUGAUCACAUCAUGCCGAUCAGCGGGCUACUGGAACAAGGAUUGGCGCCCCGGUCCAACGCCGAAGACUGAGGAAGAGAUGAGAGCGGCCGCGAAGAAGUACAAGAUGCUCUACGAGGACUACAAGGUGCGGGCGGAGAGCGAGGGCCUGACGUGGGGUGACUACCCCAAGAUCCCAACGGUGACGGCGGGAUCCAGGGAUCCCGAGGAAGACUACGACUUUCCCACCCUGAAGCGGAACUACGGCGAGCCGGUUAACAUCUACAUGGACGCGUACACCCCUGAAAGGCUUGAUUUGAAGAGGUAUAAGGUUCCAAUACGGAAACAGAUUGCACAAUUCCUCGGCGUCGUGCUUGGCCUUUGGUACCUCAUGGACUUCUUCAACCGCCCCGAGCUUGCAUUUCAGUACACCAUUAAUGACAUUCCGGUGCAGAUGCCGAAUGACGAGUCAUCCACUACACCUUUGAACCGGCAAAGGAAGACCUGCGAAGCUGGAGAAGCGUUUCGAUGGCGAGGCGUCGCGCAUGCAUUUGUCUUCACUUGCCCGAUCGCUGUCGGUGGCAUUGGCUCGACAGCGACGCGCACACUAGCGCUUCUGGGCGUGCUGAUGUUUCUUCUACUGCCACUGCUCCUCUUUGGACGUACGCUUGGUGUCCGAUCCACGGUGAGUCCAAAGAGCAACUGA